AUGGCGGCGCCCAGUAACGCUGAUCAUUCUCCUGAGCUAUCUGUGCCGCUAAAGAUACCUAAAACAGAGGUGCCAUCUCCAGAAUCAGAAGAUUUGAGCGAUAGCAACCAGUAUCAUUCUAAUCCCUCCACACCCAAUAGAUUCUCCCCUCUCAACGUUGGAAUCACAGUUUCAGAGAGCGCAGGCCGAAGUGGAACGGCCUCAGCUUCCAAUAGCUUUACCGCCAGCCGGGGCAUGUCAUGGACCCCGUCCGAAACAAAUGCCUUGAUUGCAGUAUGGGGUAACGAAAGACUGACGGAGGCGCGGAUGCAGCAACUGGAGGUUGCCGGCACUUGUUUUACCGGUAAAGGACCAGGACCAGCCAUGUACGAGAGGGUGUCAAGAGCUCUUGCGGAGCUUGGCUACGAGAGGACUCCAUCCCAGUGCAGGGAAAGGAUGAAGACGCUCCGGCGUUGUUAUAGCCGAGUGAAGGAGCAUGGCAUCGGGAAGAGGAAAAGCAGCUACAAUAUCGAGCAGUUGGAGAAGGUGUUUGGUCAAGGAGGCUGGGACUCACAGACCUGUCAGCCUGUUCUGAUCAACAGCAGUGGCCUGUACCAGGAGAUGGAGUCAGACGGCAGUACUAUGGAGGAUUACUCCCAGGAAGACUGGUGCAACCAGGACUUGUCCUCUGCCUUUCAAGAGGGAGAGAUAGAGGCCGAAGAGAUUCAGCUUCCAAAGAACAGAGUUCUACAGUUGAGACCAGAGCCAACAGAGAAUACUCAGAAACAGAAGGUGAUGCAGAACGUAAUACGGAUCCUGGAAUCUGUGCAAGUUAAAUGGGAACACUUCCAAACGUGGACGGAUUUCUCCCGUUUACACCUGUCCAACAAGCUGGCCAUCUUUGGCGUGGGCUACAACACGCGCUGGAAGGAGGAGAUCCGUUAUCACUACGCCGAGAUUAGCUCCCAGGUGCCUCUGGUGAAGCGCCUACGGGAGUACUUCAACCCAGACAAGGCAGAAGGUCGGAUUAUUAUGACAAAAGUGCAAAAAAUGAACUGGAAAAAUGUGUACUAUAAGUUUCUGGACAUUACCAUUAGCGAAGCAAGGUGCCUGGAGCUACACAUGGAAGUGGACUGGAUCCCUAUUGCUCAGUCCAGGGCUACUGGCUGCAGUAAUGGCUCACAGUACCUUUUGCCUGGGGGCAUCCCCAAAACAUAUGGCCUGUAUGCCAUCGGGUAUGAGGAGGUGGGCGCUCCCAGCACGGGGGAAAAGUCGUCCACGUCGCAAGAGGACGAGGUGAAGAGGAGUCCGAGUCAGUCUGAGUGUUUGGAAAGCGGGGACAGGGCGCCAGCCAAAGUGACUUACUGCUACCUCGGCAUUGCAGAGGAUAGGACCCUACAACAAUGUCUGUUCCAGCAUUUUCAGAGUUCAGGCAAGCACUACAACAGGGGGGAGCCCUCCCCCGUCACCAGGUUCCUGCAGGAAAACUGCACGGGCCAGCCCAAGGAGGACGGCUCUCCAACCACAGCCAUCUACAUCAAGUUCAUCGAGGUGGAGCUGGACUUCCUCUCAGCGGGUUCUUUGGUGGAAUGUUUAGAGACUGCAAUUGGUUAUUCCUUAAAGUACAAUCAGAAGGAUACCUUGUAA